AUGGAGGACUUGGAGGUUUCUGAUCAGGAUGAACUCGCCAUCUCUAAUCACCACGAGGAUCAUCUUCCACCGGUCGAUCGCGGCAAAGGCGCGUACCUGUUUCUCACCGCCUGCUUCAUGCUCGAGGCUUUGAUCUGGGGUAUGAGAAGACUCAUCCUCCGCAUGCGUAUGUGGAAGUAUACUCAAUUGACGAUUGUUUCAGGAUUCACUUUCUCGUAUGGAGUCUUUCAGGAUUACUACAGCUCCCAUGAGCCAUUCAAGAGCUCAGGAGACAUCGCCGUCAUCGGUACCUGUGCAAUGGGAAUUUCAUACAUGCUACUUCCUGUAGCAUUCAUUCUCCUGCAGGCGUUACCCCGCAUGAAGCUAUGGGCCGCGCCAAUUGGCUUCCUCAUAAUGUGUCUAGCCAUCGCCAUGAGCUCAUUCGCUACCAACACCGGACAGCUUAUUGUAUCGCAGGGUGUCGCGUAUGGCAUCGGAGCCAGUCUAGCUUACGCCCCGACCAUUAUUUUCAUGGAUGACUGGUUCGUGCAAAGAAAGGGAUUGGCAUUUGGAAUUAUGUGGGCUGGGACUGGCCUGUCCGGCGUCAUUCUCCCAAUCGUCAUGCAAUGGCUUCUCAACACCUAUGGCCACGAAACGGCUCUGCGUGUCUGGGCAAUUGUCCUAGUCAUCAUGGGUGGACCACUUCUUUUCUACGUUCGGCCCCGUCUUCCGAUCUCUCGAUCGUCCCGUACUCGUCCAUUCGAUUUCCGAUUCCUCUGGGAUGCGACCUUCUUGAUCUACGAAACGGGCAAUAUACUUGAAGCAAUGGGUUACUUCCUUCCAACCAUUUAUUUACCCACAUACGCCCGAAGCCUGGGCGCAAACAAUAUCCAAGCAACACUAACAGUCAUGCUAUUCAACCUUGCAUCCGUGUUUGGCUGCGUGAUCAUGGGCUCGAUGGUCGAUCGAUACCACGCAACGACCUGUAUUCUCAUGUCCACGGUCGGGAGUACCAUCGCCGUAUUUUUGAUCUGGGGAUUAUCCGUCAGCCUGGCACCCUUGUAUAUUUUCUGCAUUUUCUACGGUCUCUUUGCUGGCUCCUUUACAUCUACCUGGCCGGCUGUUGUGAAUGAGAUUAGGAAGAAGAGUCCCUAUGUGGAGCCUAGCAUUGUCUUCGGUGUCUUGUCGACUGGUCGAGGAAUUGGCAAUAUUGUGAGUGGUCCGCUCAGUGGAGCUUUGCUAGAUCAGAAUGCUUGGAAGGGCAUGGCUGCGAAAGCUUAUGGUUCUGGAUAUGGCCCCUUGAUUGUUUUCACGGGUGUUUCUGCGUUUUUGGGUGGUCUUGGGGUUGUUGCGAGAUCUUCUAAGCGCCUGAGUUGA